UACCCAUCAACCACGGGCGGCCCAUUCUACCACUCAAUUUGGGGGCUGCUCGACUUCUGCCUUCAACGAAGUAUCUCACCGAGUUAGGUCCAGUGGCGACGAUAGCUUGGGGCGAUGGGCUUGGAUAUGUCUUCAGGGCCAAACACGAGGCGUUGGCCAGUGCGACUUGGUGGUGAUCUCUGCCUACCGUCCAAACCCACCUAACGACGGGCAUCAAACAGUGUGGUUCCAACAUAAGGCCCACUUCAGCCGCACCAACCGCGAUGCAGAUCCCAGGGAGGCUUUCAUCAAGGACCUCUCGACGGCUAUCAACAAAUGGCGCGACGACGGCUGUUCUAUCAUCUUGGGCAUCGAUGCCAACAACGACUUGUCCUCCUACUCCCCGAAGUCUUUCCGUUUUCGGAUGAGCAAAGUGGGACUGAUCGAGGCGAUCCAGUCUAAGCACCCAGGGUCCCAUCAGGCCACUUACCAGCAAAACCUCCGUGGGUAUCCGAUUGACUGUAUCUUUGCGACGCCCGACGUGCCCAUCCUGGCCGCCAGGUACUACCCUUUUGACGAACACGUUGCCUCCUAUCAUCGUGGCCUGUGGAUCGACUUUGACUUGAACAGUCUCCUCGGCGGACACCAACCUACGAAAUCCACCCAUGUUCCACGCCAGCUGGUGAUGCACAACAAACGGGUGGUUCAACGAUAUGUCCAACUGGCAGAGCAGGGUUAUAUGCGGUACAAUAUUCCGGGUCGUCUCUCUACCCUAGGAUUCGAUGUUGCCCGACAGCAGGGCGUCAUCACCAAAUCCCAGGCGGUCAGAUUCGAUUGGAUACACGCUGAUGCCUACACAGUUCGACGGUUGGCGGAGCAGAACUGCAGGAAGUUGUCGAUGGGCGGGGCAGAAUGGUCUCCUAAAGGCCAAUCCAUUCGGGAUCGGAUCACCUUGUGGCGCCUUCUCCUCAAGGACCGACGUCAGUGCCGGGUGAGCUCUAGGAAGGUUCGCCGCCUGCUGCUCAAGACGAACGAGCCCGUGGCCUGGAAGUUGACCACAGCCGAACUUGAGUCCCAUCUCACCCAAGACCUUGGUCAAUAUAGAGACGCCAAGAGGGGCCUCACUUCGAAAUGGCGGAAGGCUCAUGUCACUACUCGUACCCAGAGCAUUGCUAAAGUCCGCCACAAGACGGCAAGCCAACAAGAACGAUAUCACCGCUUAAGGUCCAUGAAGCAAUGCGAGGAGACUCGUCGGAGGCGCAAGGCUCGUUCCUCCGGUUUGUCUGGCGGUCUACGGGCCAUUCAAGUCGAACUGGAGGACAGCUCUGGCAAUUGUCGGUUACGGACCAUUACUGACCAGACGUUGGUCCAAGAUGGAUGCAUGCAAGAAAAUAGGGCCAGGUACCAACAAACCCAGACCCCACAUCCAACUCCUCCCAUGUCUGAGCCUCUCUACACUAUGUUCACUGGACCCGACGCCGACAACAACCAACAACUUCUUCUGGAGGGCAAACUCCCCAUCCCUGGUGGCCUGGCUUACCCUACCCAAGCCUUCCUUUGCCACUGUCGACUGCACGACAGUUAUCGGCCUCGUCCUUUCCCCUUGACGGUUGAAGAGCACGUGGACUUUUGGAGUCGCACCCCUGAGAACAAGGGUUCUGAGCCCCACGGCCUCCACAAUGGCCACUUCAAGGCAGGCGCCCUUUCGGAACUGUUGGCUUCUUGUGAUACGGCGUUUCGGGACCUUACACUCCGUUCAGGCCAUGUUCCAGAACUCUGGAAGAACCUGAUGAACUUUGCGAUUGAGAAGAAGCCUGGCGACUUCCGCCCACAAGGGAUGCGGACCAUCCAGCUGUUCAACUCGGAGGCUCAAGCCAACUACAAGAAGGCGGGUCGGGCUGCAAUGAAGAAUGCUGAGGAGGAUGACAUCAUCCCUAAAGGACAGUGUGGGUCACGAAAGCAGCACCAGUCCAUUGAUCUCGCCCUUUCCAAACAAUUGAUCUGGGACUCGCUCAUCCUGGAACGACGGUCUUCCGGCUGGAUCUCGAACGACACAAAGUCUUGCUUCGAUCGCAUCGUUCACUGGGUAGCGAAGACGGCCUUGCGGAGAUUCGGUCUGCCGGUCACUGUCACCAACCUAAUGUUCGAUAUCUUGGCAAAGGCUAAACACAGGGUCCGAACUGGCUUUGGCGACUCGGAUCGGACCUUUGGGCCCACUGGCGAUGUUCCCUUCCAAGGCUGCGGUCAGGGCAACGGCGCAGGUCCGUGCAUCUGGGUUGCAAUCAGUGCCAUCCUCAUUGAUGCCAUGGAGGCCGAGGGAUUUGGGUACAAGAGCCGAAUUGCCCUCACUAACAAGGAGUUCUUCGCUUCGUGCUUCUGCUUUGUUGAUGACACCGACGUCAUGGAGUCCAACGACAACGUGGAGACGACUGGCGAAGACCUCCUCCCUUCGGUACAAUCGGCUUUGGACCUUUGGUCGGGUGGCAUACAGUCCCACCAACUCGAAACGGGCACCUCCUUUCCCCUUCUUCAACAAGAACCCACCAACACAGGGAUCCUUGCCUCCGAAACAUGGCUCAAACGGGUUUGGAUCAAGCUCGACUCAUUGGGCACCAGAGUCGAGAUCUCCUCCCCUCCCUUGUCCCUACACUGUGCCAACGACCGUCUCUUGAUGGACAUCUUCAUCGAUGCCUUGGUCGACCAAGAGGACUUGCUGUGGCUCAACUGGUGCCGCCAAUACCUCCAAGUCACCACCCUCUCGGAACUUGCCACCGCCGACGGGUGUUCCCUGACGGCAGCUUCUCUUGCCGGCCAACCCUCCGGACACUUUGUGACCAGCUACAAUUGGCCCCAAACCCGACGCCCUGGCCCCUCUCAUUGGGACCUAUGGCGACGCGUCUUCUCUCAAGCCGUUCUCCGCCCCUAA